AUGCUGGCUAAUGUGGCCAGUCUUGCCAUCGAGGCCGAGAUUGCUGCUCGUGAUGGAGGUGAGGUCUUCCCUACUCUUCCUAUUGGCCCAGGCCCAUCUCCCGAGCGGCAACCUCGGCUUCGACUCCGCCAACUGACUGAGGAAGAGCACGACGCAGCUGCUAGUGUCGUGCAACGGUUUGCGGAGGUCUUGGCGAGCAAGAUUGUGGAUGCGGAUAGCUGGAUCACAGGUGAAGGCUACAUUUCUGCCAUCCUUGACCGCCUCCGUGAAGUACUUCUGCCGUACUCAAUCGCACCGGUUGGAAGUACAGACCCACAGUCGCCUCCGACUCGCCCGCCCCGCCGUCGACCUCCCCGCGUGACCCGCACGCAGCGUGAGCACCGAUUGGAUGAGGCGCUUGACGACAUGCAAGCGACCCAGCAGGCGACGCCAAAAAACCGGCAAGCGGUCCGAAAUGCGCGGCGCCGGGUUGGACGGGUCCGUGCCUCGAUAGCACAGCUUGACUUGCGUCGGGCUUUGGCCAAGGACGAAGCCAAGUGUGUGGCCAUGAUUUUGGACGGUGCCUCGGUGAAGACCGCGGGUGUCGAGCACCCAGACACCUGCCCCAUUGGCAGGGAGGAGCUCUACCGCCACUUUGUGGGCACCAGCACGGCCCCAGCUCCCUUCGAAUAUGAUGCUGCUGAAGGACACGAGUUCCGGGCCGUGCUCAACGACUUUUCGAUGGAUACACUGGGUGGUGAUUGGUCCGAUGGAGAUAUUUCGAUGGAUGAAGUGGAGGACCAGCUACUGCGGGCAGUUAAGUCAUCCAGCCCUGGUCACGAUGGGGUUGGAUAUGAUGUUUUCGCCGGUUUGCCCCGCAGUUGGUACCCCUUCUGCACGCCGCAUACCAGUUCUGUUGGCUGCAUCGGAUGGUGCCCGUGCUGUGGAAGGUGGGCGUCGUUUGCCUGA